AUGGAUGAAGAAAGGUUUUGGUACAAAUGGAGAGGUUGGAUUUGGAAUUGCAUUAGAUCGGUAAACUACUCUAUCCUGGUGAAUGGGAGACCUCGAGGAAAAAUUUUAGCCUCAAGAGGUCUCCGGCAAGGUGAUCCUUUGUCCCCAUUCUUGUUUAUUCUUGUGGUGGAUAUCCUGAGUAGGCUUAUCUCAGUUGGAGUGGAGAAAGAGGCUUUGGAAGCUUUUGAAGUGGAGAGGGAGAAAGCUUGUCUCUCGCAUCUCCAGUUUGCUGACAAUACCCUUCUUUUCUGCUCCGGUAAUUUUAGGGCGUUUGAGAAUCUUAAUGGCCUCCUUGGUUUCUUUGAAGCUAUUUCGGGUCUUAAGAUAAACAGGGGUAAGAGUUCUUUAUUGGGCAUUAAUUGUGAGGAUGGUAAACUUAGUGAGUGGGCGACCUUGUUUCAGAAGUGCCUCUCUUCGUGGAAGAAGGCUUUCUUUUCGAAAGGUGGGAGACUCACGUUGAUACAGUCUGUUUUGAGAGGCAUUCCAAAUUACUAUCUGUCCCUUUUCAGGAUCCCUGUGAAAGUGAUUGAAGGGUUAGAGAAGAUUAUGAGGGAUUUUCUUUGGGAAGGUGUGGAGGAGGGGGGUGGGGCUCAUCUUGUUAAUUGGAAAGAGGUGUCCAAGCCUUUGGAAGCGGGAGGGUUGGGUGUUGGAAACUUGAGACUUAGGAAUGAGGCGUUCCUGGCCAAAUGGUUAUGGCGUUUCUUCCACGAACCUCACGCCUUGUGGCGAAAGAUUAUUGUGAGUAAGUAUGAGCGACAUCCCUCUGACUGGAUUCUGGCAGGUGGGUCUAAGGUGAGCAAUUUCAAUCCCUGGAAGGCUAUUGCGUCAUGUUUCCCCGUUUUCUCUCUUUCUCUUCGAGUUUCUGUGGGGGAUGGUCUUAAUGCUUACUUUUGGGAGGAUACUUGGUUAGGCAAUAAACCCUUAAGUCUUGCGUUCCCUCGGAUUUACUUUUUGUCUGAAAAGAAACUCCUUUCUGUGGCUGAGGUUUUGAAUUUUGGGGAAGAGGAUUCGUCCAUUUCGCUGGGGCUCUCUCGGUCUUUAACUGAUCCGGAAUCGUUAGAGAUUGCCGCGUUACUUGAUCUGUUGCCUAGUGUUUCGUGCUCCUCUGGGAGGGAAGACGUGAGGGUGUGGAUUCCUAACCCUUUGGGAGGGUUUUCUUGUAGCUCUUUUUUCCAGGUUCUGAUUUCCCCGUCUUCUUCAUCUUUUUUGGCUUCUCUCUCUUCUUCCUCUUCUCCGUCCCUGGUGACCCCUUGGUUUACGUCUCUUUGGAAGAUUAAAAUUCCAAAGAAGAUUAAGUUCUUUGGGUGGCAAAGAUUGCAGGGCGAUGAUGGAGGAAGUGUUGUUAUUCCCCCCUUUCGUAAUAGAGGCCGCUUUCUCUGGCAAGCGUGCUUUCUGGCUUCUUUAUGGGGUAUCUGGCUGGAAAGGAACAAUAGGUUGUUUAGGGGUGUGGAGAAAUCUGUGGAUUCUGACACUGAGAAUAAUCAUAUCCAUCACUCUAAGAGCGCAUUUCACUCCAAAGAUGGUUGGAGCAAAACCUUAGAAGCUCCCCUCACCAUGCCAAUACUUGAGCCACAUACUCCAUAG